GAGUAGCGGACGAAGUUCCGAAGUUGGUCAAAAUGAAAUCACGAGUAACACUCAUAAGCAGUACAGUUCAGCAGCUGAAUGUAUCAUAUCAACAUGAAUAAGGUUUCGUCGUGAUAUAAACAUGUUAUUGUUAUUGGAUGAUUGGAAUGAAUGUAUUUAUUCAUUAUGAGCGAGUGUUUCGUCUGCUAUUUUUGAUUUAUAAUACAACAUAAUUGUGGCAAAUUUUCUAAUGUAUUACUCAUGCGUUUGGAUAUAUUUAAAAACAUUCUUCUGGUGAAAGUCUUCCCAGAAUGCGAACACCAAAGAGAGACGAAACAGAGAAGACCGUGGACGACUGCCGAAAGUUUUCCAGAGUAUGCUUAAUGCUAGUCUUCCUAUUUGUCAUAUGGGGCUUAUUUUACAUGCCAAUAAAGACUGUCUCUCACAUUCCUCUGCCUGAUAAUCUGGCCUGGAUGAUAACUCAACGUAAUUUGUACAGGUACAUCGUUCCGGAAAACAACACCAGUCUCAUCCUACCUAAGUCUCAGUGCAAUGGGAGCAUCUUCAUCGUGGUCGUGGUCUGUUCCGCUGUUCCAAACUUCGACGCCAGAGAUUCCAUCCGGAACACUUGGGGUCAAUACGCGGCUAGUCAACGCAAUAUGCAAGUCUUAUUCCUUCUGGGAAAGUCCUCCAACGAUUCUCUCAACGCUGCUGUCGCCAACGAGAGCAGCAAAUACUCGGACAUCAUACAGGAGGAUUUCCUGGACACUUACAAUAACUUAACCCUAAAGUCUGUGAUGCUGUUAAAGUGGGUGAAUCAGAACUGUGGACAUGCCAAGUACGUCAUGAAAACAGACGAUGACAUGUUCGUCCACCUGCCCAAUCUUUUCAAGCUUUUGAAGGCGAAGGGACACCAGAAUAUGCUGCUUGGUUGUCUUAUUAAAGGUGCCACUCCCGUCAAAGACUGGAACUCCAAAUGGUAUGUCCCAGAUGUUGUUUUCUCUGGCAGGACAUACCCUUCCUACCUCUCUGGGACGGGGUAUGUCCUGUCACGGGACACUGUCCCCAUUCUUUUCCGAACUGCACUCGAAACGCCGUUUUUCUAUUUGGAAGAUAUUUUUAUAACUGGCGUGUGUGCCAGUAGAGCUGGUCUCAAUCCCGUUAACCAUGAAGGUUUUAAGUUCUAUAAAAGGAAGAACGAUUACUGUGUAUUUAAAUCUCUAAUCACUGCCCACAGAAUGACCCCGAAAGAGCUGGUCAAGAUGUGGCAAAAGCUUCGAUCUCCGUCCUCGGCUAAAUGCAAGUCCUGAAGCGAGUGUGUGUUGAUACGUGUGCAUCUAGUUUUUAUAAUUAUAUUAUUCAAAGUGAAUUUAUAUAAUUGCCAUCCUGUGCUUUUAUCACACGAGUUCUUAACCUAUGAACCACGACUCAGACUUGGAAACAAAUUACUUUGCAUAAGUAUAGUUUGUCUAAAGUAAGAACUGCCCUAGCCAUUUGUCUGGACCCGUGGCGGUGACUGUGGUAACCAGGUAUAACUAUUUCAAGUAGGAUGUGAGGCCACUGUUUAGGACAGGUUUUGGUUGGGGUCGGUUAGAGGAGGGUAAUCUUUUACUCUGGUCUAUUGUGUUAGCCCUAGAGUGAGGAGAAGCUACCCACCCUAAAAUGCGCUAUUCUUGUUUCCAAUAGCAGCAGACAACCUCAGACUUUGUGGUGGGAGGAGUUCUUACCUUAGGCAAGCUAUAUGUUUCUUAUUCGGUUUGAUCAUAUCUGAUUAAUAUUAUGUUCUUAAACUUGAUAGACUAUACUUGACUUUAACAGUCACUGUUGCAAACUCACAUCAGUUAUGAAAAUAGCAUACUAUUUGCAAAAAAUCAUUAUUUCAUGCCUUCGAAAAACAGCCUUGAGUAUGAGCCAUGGCUUCAGGAUGUUAAGAACUCUUGUUUUAACACAAAGCACCAUGUCCAGUUGUUUUCCAUUAUUGUAAUAUAAAAUUGUUACGAUAUCCAUUAUAUGGCGGAGCCGUAUAUUUAACGUUUACUUAAUAUUAAAGUAAUACUUUAUGUACUGUUUUUUAUAAACACUCUCUGCCUAUGUACAUAAUUGUUUUCUUUAUAUUAUGAGAGAGAAGGGAGAAAAAAAGUUAUUAGACCCAUUAUAAAGCAUAGAGUUAGCUGUUGAUAGUGAUGCAGUGCAAUACAUGUAACUGGAUUAUGUUGUUAUAAGUAGUUAAGGGUGUUAUUCUCUAUUGUUAAGAAUAUACCUGAGAAUUUGUUAGUUGCAUGAGUCAUACAUAUCACUAUGAGAUUUUUGUUUGUAAUUAAUGUGCUUAAUUUUUUUUAUUGAUUUUCCUGUAUAGCUGCUUGGAAAUAUGGCUAAUUUAUUUGCUAAUUAUUAAAAAUUUUAUUUACAUCUACUGCAUUUCCAAUAAAUAAAAUGUUAUAUAUAUAUAUAUAUAUAUAUAUACAUAUAGGUACGGUUGCCUAUUGGUUUCCACAUUCAUAAGAGCAGUUUUAAUAUUUCCUUUAUUCAAUACUAAUAACGUUUUAUUUAAAGGUACAGUUUUUAAAUAAAUUAUUAUGCCCACUAAAAAACUAGAUUUUGAAAAAGAUUUAAAAAAAAUUUUGAAAAAUAUAUAUAUUUUUUUGCAGAUAAUGAUUAGUUCACACAGUUCUAAAUCUUAUUUAGAACUGUGUUCUAAAUCUUAUUUGUUAAAGUCUAAAAAAAAUUUGAAAUGACUUAUGAAAACUUGCAACGUUAAGAGCCUUAUUAUGACACAUAAUUCAACAAAAUAUUAAAAAUUAUCUGCACAAUUUUUUGAUGUAUUUUUUUUUUAUAAAAUUCAUCAGUGUUUGAUCAGCUAGCUCUCAAAAAAUUUCGUCAUAGCAACGAAAAAAUUAUUUUUUUGGAUGUAAAAAUCUUGUGAAAAUUUUUUUUUGCAGGCGCUGUGCAUGCAAACAACAUUUUAUUUUUAACUAGGCUGUACCUGUUAAUAAUAUUUUAUUUAUGGAUGCAAUACAUGCAAAUAACAUUUAGUUAGCAAAACUAAAACUAACGUUAUAGUCAUAGACAAUAUGUUUGUAAAUAAUGUUUCGUUUCUAUUUGUAUUUGACAGUUUCGAUUUAUUUCUAAAAAAAUUUUUUAAUUAUAUCAAAUCAUUUAAAUUUUUUCGUAUAAAAAUGGAUGUUUUAAUUUUUUUUCCUUUUUAUUUUUAUUGGAAAUUUUUAUUUAUGCAGAAUAGAAAAUUAAAUUAAAAAAUAUCAAUUAAGAAAUCCAAUUAGUGUCGAAGUUGAAAUCGCUAAGAUAACGGGAAUGCGUUCACUUUAAUUGAAUUAGUAAAUACUAAUUACGGGUUAUGUCUACUUUAAGUGACCUUUCUCAGAAUUGAAAAUUCUGCGAUAACAAUUCAUGUAGUCAAUAUUUUUUUUUUGUAAAUCCAAAAGAAAAAAAAAACUUUUUACACGAAGCUCAACGAACAAAAGAUUACUGACAGCAUUUGUGCAGAAGUGUGCAAUUUUUUUCAUAUAAUUAAAAGGGUGCAGCACACUUCCAUCACAAAUUCCUAAUCAAUUCUUCCUCUUUAAUAAUUUUUUUCUUCCAAAAUACCAGUAUUUAAUAUUGCCAAUUUAACUUACAUUUAUAUUUUCAAGAUGGAGUUCUUUAUCUGAAAUUUAAUAAUUUUUGCAAUUUCUACAUAUUUUUUUAAACCUAAGGUUUGAUUUCUUUGUUUGUACCAAAUUCUAUCAGAGUCAUAGUUCCUCCUAGCAGUUUUUUUUUCUCUUUUGUUCCUGGAAAUUUCUAGCUUCUAAGAUUGCAUCUUUAAUUUAGAAAUUCUUAAAUUACCAAACAAACAUGCUUCGACCCUAAAUUCUGAUAUUUAAAUGUUUCCUAAAAUAUACCCUGUUGACUUCCAACAGAUUUACCUCCAUUUCAACUAAGGAAUAAUUAUUUGAAAGCAAAUGCUGUUGGUUUACGUACCCUUGAAACCCGGUACUUAUCCGUUAGCUUGACUUUAAACCAGAAUUCUUGUUCUAAAAUAGUUGCCAAUUGGAGUCAAAUUUAGCAAUAAGUCAUAAUGAAUAUUCGUAAUGAGUCGUAAUGAAUAUUCAGUCAUUGCCAAUGCAUUGAAUUCCUGGUACUAAAACAUUGAAAUUGUCGCCAAACUUUGACUGGCACGCUGCUAACCGAUGAAUACCAAAAACUAUUGAUAAAAUUAAGUGUCAAAAUCUUAUCAGAAAUUAAAUAGUAAGAUAACUUCAUUCUUAGACAUAUUUUCAUUUUUUUUUUAAAUAUUUAGUUCCAAAGACGCCAUUUUGCUCGAGUAGAAUUUUAAUUCUACUAUUUUAUUGUUGGCAAUGAUAAUGUGAAAUUCUUUGAUAUUGAUUUAAUGUAAUAGAACAAUGAAAUAACUAUAGUUUUAAAUUGAAUCUCAGGAUCUAGUCAAUAACCUAGAGAUCACUGGUGUAUUCAGAAGUAGGUGUUAAGCCUACUUAUGUUUUUGUUGAAUUAAGUAACAAUGUGAUUUGAAAGUUAUGAAUUGCGAAAAUUUUGUUUUAAGUAAAAGACAAAACAUUAAUUGGAUUACGCUCCGAUACGAUUCUCGUAGUUUCAAAAUGAAUUUUUUCGAAAUUUUUUUUAUAUCUAGAUUCUAGAGACUCGCUAAUAAAUAAUCAGUUUCAGUAUGCUGAUAACUUAAUUUCAGUUAGGAUUCAAUCAUCCUUAAGAAAGUUCAUGGCAUCUACUAUCUCUAGGUAUAGGACUAGAUGGUUUGUUGUAUACCCAUAGAUAGUAGCGACAAAGAAGUUCAAAAUUGUUCAGAUUAGGGGUUGCAAAAAAGAAUGAUGUUACCACAUUUGGCGAAGUUUCCUUGAAAUCUCUUCGCUUUCUUUCACCGCAUCAAAAUCACGUUAGGUGCAACGAGGUGCGUUUCGUCUUUAAUCUCCUCUGAUAUAGAUUUCAGCAGAUAAAGGUUUGCGGUUCGUUUUCAAAUCCGUAUCGAUUAAAAGACCAAAUUCAUCAACAUCGCGUUCCUUCUGAUGAAAUUUUGAAUCACACUGUUGCUUAAUUUAGCGUAAUGUUUCUUGAAGGAUAACCCUCUUUCAAUUAUAUAAUCUCAAAGUACGUCACUUUUUGUCAGGUUUUAAAAUAUGUUGGCUAAUAAGUUAUCUGUUAUUGGGAAAAGAUCACCGAUUAUACAUUACUUUUAUUGCUUUAACUUACCGAACAGUUUUAAAAUAGUCUUGACUUUAAUGUUUUUUUUUUUUAAAUUAUUUAUUGCUGAUUCACAUUACAUCGUAUUACUGGUCUUAUAGUCAUUAAUCAUUUAGUUAAUUCAAUUUAUGAUUCAAGUAAUUUUGUUUAAUAAAAGUUGUUGAUCAAUACAUUUUCUGUUAUUUGGAAAAGAUCACAGAUUGUAGAUUACUUUUAUUGAUUUAACUUACCAAACAAUUUUAAAAUAGUCUUGACUUUAGUGUUUCAUUUUUAAAUGAUUUAUUACUGAUUCACACUACAUCGUAUUACUGGUCUUAUAGUCAUUAAUCAUUUAGUUAAUUUAAUUUAUGAUUGAAAUAAUUUUGUUUAAUAAAAGUUGUUGGUCAACACAUUUUCUGUAAUUAGAAAAAGAUUACCGAUUAUGCAUUACUUUUAUUGAUUUAACUUAUCAAACAAUUUUAAAAUUGUCCUGAUUUUGAUAUCUUUUUUUAAAUGAUUUAUUGCUGACUCAUAUUAUAUCGUGUUACUGGUUUUUUAGCAAUGAAUUAUUUUAUGAUUUAAGUAAUUUUAUUUAAUAAAAAUUUUUGAUCAACACAUUUUCUGUUAUUCGUAAAAUUUUACUGAUUAUACAUUACUUUUGAAACUGUAGUUUCAAAGAUUGUUCUGACUCAAAUGUUUUUCUAAUUGCUGAUUCACAUUGAGUUUAAAUACUGUUCUUUUAGCAAUUGGUAAAUUAAUUUGCAAUUAGGGUUAUUUUGAUAUUUUAAUUUUACUCCAAUGUAAUAGAAAUGUAUAAUUAUUUAUGUUUUUAUGAAUGAAAACGGAGUGUUUUUAUCCAUGUCUUCCCCAGGUCACAGUUGCCUCCAAAUGUGAAAUUUUAUAUUCUUGAAUCUAUGUCAAACUCAACUUAUAGAAAAAAUUAAAUUUUUACUUCAUUUUCUGAUUUGGUAAUCUUGAAAACAAAAAAUGAAUAUUAUAUGUUUGUUUCUAGAAUGUGUGAUAAAUUUGUUGGUUGCUUCUAAACUUUUUUUUUAAAUGUGUUUCUUUAUUUCGAAAACCAUGUUAACUUUUUUUUUAUGUCACUUAUCCUCACUUAACUAAUCAAAGUAUUUUGUAUAAUACAAAAAUCGCUACUCAACGUCUGAAAUAUUUUUCUUAUUAUAUCAGUAAUUUUAAUUUAGAAGUUAAUAGUAUAGCAAUUCCAAAUACAUUUCUUUAUUGUUUAGCUGUUACUUAGCUUUUCUUUAUAAAAUAAUGUUUAAAAAAUCGUGCUAAAUAGAUUGAAUAGAUAGUGUCAUUGGCGCCAAACUACAUGUAAGCAUGCAGAGUACGUAAUAUUCCAGGCAUAAAUAAUUUUAAGAACGAAAACUUAAUUUUACAGGUGCAAAAAAUAAGGCAUACGUUUACUUAAGCUUGUUUAACAGUGAACACCGAAAUCAACGUCUCGGCGUAUUGCGUUUUUCUGCGCAUGCGUGGAACGUAAAUCUUCAAAAUCUAGCUGAGAGUUGAUGACGUCGGCGUUUUUUCUGAACUAACCUUUAAGUUGGACAAUAUUCUGAAAUGUUAUCUAAUAAGAAUAUGAAGCGUUAUUAUUUUAAAGCAUUUAAAAGCAGAAAAACGUUUCUAAAAUAGAGAUGCAAUAAUUUUACGAAUUUAAGUUGUUUUUCCGAAAUCAAUUGAAUAACUUAUCCAUGCAUAUCGGAACACAUAUCCUGUAUUAGCCAUUAUUUUCAAAAUUCUUGCUAUUGGUUAUUAAUAUUCUUUUAAAACUGAUUAUAUUUCUGACCAAAUAUUUCUUGCAACAGGGUUUAAAUUGGUGGCAAAUUUUCGCCGUUUUCUCCUCCAAAUACAAAAUAGUUACAUUAAAAAAGAGUUCCCUUAAAUAGUGAAUUUAUCCCCAAUGCUUGAUUCAGGAGCUCCCUUGUUUUAUGGGUUCGAUAAUUGUUAAGCAUAAGGCAUUGAAAUAGAACAUUGUUGAAAAUCCGAUAUGAGUUAGCUGAUCAAAGCCGUUUAUUAAAUAAAAUGGACAUUGUUUUUCUUAAUGUCUAAAACCCUUCUCUUAUUUCAUAUCAGACGUUUCACAGAUAAAACAUUUUCGUUUUCAAUGCAGUUGGAGUUGCUUUUCCGCGUUCAUUUUUAUCUUAGGCUUAAGAAAUAUUCAUUGUUUCAUAGAUUGCAACUUAUUAUCUAUUACUAUUGACAGGAACUGAUAUACGCAACCAGUUAGGUGAUCAGCUAUACAAAAUUAAGCCUUUCUUAACUCGAACUUUGUUUGUUGCUUUUUAAUUUAAGCUAAAAUUUCUUGAUUUCACGAAUUUUUUUUGUUUUGUUUUAUUACUUACUUUAAUAGUAUACAUCAAAAAAUUGUCCAUCCUAUCAUUGGGGCUGCAAAAUUUAUCAGUGAGUCCUUAUUCUUAUCUUUACACUCUGUUUGCAUUUGUGAUUGAUAUUACGGUCGUUUUAUGUAUUCGGCUCUCGGUUGGGAUCAUGUUUAAUUUAUUUUUAUAUUUUAAUCGAUAUACCGGUUCAUAACUUGUGCGUUCUAACUUUUACGAACGCAGCUUGAUCGAUGCUUAAAUUGAACUUUCAUUGAAGUAAGUUACUUUUUCGCUAAUAAUUUUAACUGAGUUUGCUUUUUUAUGCCAUAUCUAAUGCCUAUCAAUUGUUAAACAUGAAACCGUUAUGUCGCCUAUUUGUAAAUCAAAUUUUAUUCGUAAACUACUUUAACGCCUCCAUAAGAAUAUUACCAUAAUUUAUUUUAACCCAUAUCGUAAUGGAAUUUCCCCUUUUAUGAUAAUUUAUCGAUAUGCAAUAUGUGAUUAGAGUUAAAUAUUUUGUUUUAGAGUAUGUUCGAAUCAAUAUUCAACAUAUAUAUUUGUUUAGAGAUUUAUAAAUUUGUUCCAUUGCAAACCAAACCCUAUAAAUUUUAGUAACUACAACUCAUAACAACAAAUUAAAUUAAGUUAGCUGGAAAUAUACAUUGGCUUAGUAUAUUCUCAAUUCGAUACUUUUUUGCCUAUGUCUUUUUGCUUUGUAAAUUUAAUUCCAUGUUUAAUUACCAUGUUUUUUGUUUUUAACUGAUAAUGUAAAUUUAAUUACCAUGCUUUUUACCUUAUUAUUGCCCUUGUAAAUUUAGUUGUUAUCGUUAAUAUGCUUUUAGUUGACUGUGUAAAUUUAAUGGCGUCAUGCUUUUUGCUUUUAAUUUCCCAUGUAAAUUUAAUUGUAAUAUUUAUGUAAUUUUUUUUGUUUUUAAUUGCCCAUGUUAAGUACAGCUCUAAUACGGCGAAGGUUGAAGGUUUGGAGUUAAAUUGUCUAAAAUAGCUGUGAAAAAAAGAAACAGCUCUCUGAUGACAUCUUCACAAUCACAUAUUACUGCAUCGAUUAAAAGUCAUGCAUCUUACAGUACCCGUACAAUGAUUUUGGCAUACGUUUCUGUUAACAUAAAUGAAAUGCAUUUUAAAUAUUUGUUAUUAAUAACUUGUACGAAAUGUAUGUUAGUACAUUAACAUAACCUUAAAAUAUUUGUUUUAAUAAUUAUGCAAUUCUUUAUUUCUGCGAAUUAUUUAAGAUUUUUUAUGCAGACAGUAAUCUGUGCAAGACAAAUUGUACUCUGAAAGAAUGGAAUUUUUACAAAAGGGAAAAUCUCUUUUGUGAAAUGCUUAAAUUUGCACACAAAAAAAGUCUUUCUAAUCAUAAAAAAAAUUCAUUCUAUUGCAAUUUCAGAAAAAAAAUUAUGCUCAUGUGUUAUAAAUCUGUAAUAAAUCAAUUUAUAAUGAUAAUUACUACAGGUAUUUUCAAUAAUUAUUAAAUGACAAAUAAAAUUAAUCAGGUUAAAAAAUUGAAUCUUACAUCAAAAUAACAUAUAAGUAAUUAGCCUUUUUUUUAAAUUUUAUUUAAUUGAGUUAAUGAACUGAAGACAGGUGAUAAAUUUGUUAAGUACUUACUUCAAACAUUUCAUGAUAUUAAAGUUCAUGGAGCUUACAAUUUUUAAUUCCUGGUUGAUUUUUGGUUUUAAAAAUUUGUAAGCGCUGAAUUCUAAAAGAUCUGAAUUCUUAUCUUAAAAAAAAAAUCAAUUUUUGUGAAAACAGAACAAGCUAACUGCACACCAAAGAAUCUCCAACCUUAUUCGAUAGCAUGAAUGUUAGAAUUCAGAAAAAAAGGCACUCUUUUUGAAUUCAAGCCUUCGAUUAUAAAUUAUUUAUGUGUAUUGAUUUUAUUAAAUACUUUUGAAUCAUACACAUGAACAGACAAAAAAAAAUGUUAUGAAUAUUUCUUUCUUUUUGAAAAGUGUGAUAUAAAUAGUACUACUAUGUGAAUAUGAAAUUUUGUGAUAUUUCAUUCCACGAUACUGUUUAAUGCUUAAUUCAUCUGUGAUCGUGCCAUUCCUUACUUAUUUGUGAUGCCUAGUUCUGCACUGUUUCUGAAAAUUUAUUUAUUGUGUUAUCGUUCUUUACAUUUCUAUUGCAAUAAAUACGAUUUCUUAAUCUA